AUGACGAAUGCUAUCAGUCAUCUAUCUAUUAUUUAUCCCAGAGAAAUGUCUUUAACUGAAGUAACAACUACUAAGCACCAUUAUGAAAAUCCAAUAAGGAAAUUAAAUACUUUACUUCCAAGGUUAAUGAACAUUAAAAUGGUGGAAGAUGAUUUAAAGACGAAGCUAGAUCGUUGUUCUUUGAACUCCCCAGUGUUGACAUGCGCCGAAAAGCCACGUUCCUACUUCAAUUUCCCUGAGGGAUGUUCGUCAUCUCAAUUAGAAUUACCUUCGCUCUCUGUCGUUUCUCAGUCAACAUCUAUGGUUUCGAACAGCAUCAAGAUACAGUCACCAUCUUUCAUGAAUAAUGCGUCCAAUAUUCAAGAAAUAUACCAAUUCUCUCCUGCUAUACUUCCUGCUCAAAAUGGGCAACCAACCCAAGUGCAUGGCCAAAACAAAUACAUAAACGUUAAUAAUAUCAUCCAUGAAGGUUUCAACGACGCAAUAUAUAGAGGUACAUCUGUAAAUAAGGUGUACCCAGAGAACUCUUCCGACCCAAUAAUAAGCGGGAUCGAUGUCUCCAUUGGGCGUCCUACAUUCUCCCCAUCAAGCAAUGACAAUACUCUUUCGGGCUCUAAUUCUGACAAUAAUUCAAUGAAUGGCAAUCAUAUCAACUUACCUGCAGCAGAUAAAGGCGACACAAUAAUUCCUGUUACCAAGAAAGUUACAAAGAAAAAAACGAAAAGACUGACAAAAAGGGAAAGAGCCUUGUUACAAAAGGAAGUCGAGAAAAGACGCAUCGAAGAAGAUCUAGAACACAGGAGAAAAUAUCUCUGUAAGGUGUGUUCGAAGGGCUUUACAACAUCAGGCCAUCUUGCCCGUCAUAACAGAAUUCAUACCGGGGAGAAAAGUCAUGCUUGCCAUUUUGCUGGUUGUACUCAAAAGUUCAGUCGGCAUGAUAAUUGCUUACAACAUUAUAGAACACAUUUCAAAGUCAGGAAGACCUUUUACUAA